AUGGAUUCAUACACUUCAAUUACUAUACUCUUUCUCUAUAUUAUGUUUUCUGCUUAUCGCAGCUCAAUCGGUUUCCUGCGACACAUCACCUCUCCGUCUUCCUAUUCCGGCUCCUUCCCCGCACUCCGAAACAACCCCUUCGUUUCCGCCGCCCAACCGAGGUUCACCAAACGCACAAUGGCAACGGCUAUGGCAAAGCGCCUUGAAGGCAAGACGAUCGUCGUGACGGGUGCAUCGUCCGGUAUUGGUCGCAGCACGGCCAAGGAGUUUGCUCGCACUGCGCCCAAGAACCUGAAGCUCAUUGUGACGGCGCGCCGUCUCGAGUCGCUGCAGCAGCUGGCGCAGGAGAUCAAGGAGGAGGUCGGCGACGGCGUCCAGACCUUGCCUGUGAAGCUGGAUGUGAGCAAAGCUGAGGAGGUUAAGAACUUUGUGUCGUCCUUGCCGGCGGAAUUCCAGGACAUCGAUGUCUUGGUCAAUAAUGCUGGUCUCGUCAAGGGUGUCGCCAAGGCUCCGGAGAUUGCCCAGGAGGAUAUCGACACCAUGUUCCAGACCAAUGUCAACGGACUGAUUGGGAUGACCCAGGCGGUCCUCCCCAUCUUCAAGAAGAGGGAGGAUGGUGGCCGUGGGGAUAUCAUCAACAUUGGAAGCAUUGCGGGUCGCGAGGCGUACGCUGGUGGCAGCAUCUACUGCGCCACCAAGGCUGCCGUCAAGUUCUUCACGGAAGCUCUGCGGAAGGAGCUGAUUGCAUCGAGAAUCCGCAUCAUCGAGGUCGACCCUGGCCAAGUUGAGACCGAGUUCUCCGUCGUGCGGUUCUACGGCGACAAGGCCAAGGCGGAUGCCGUUUACUCCGGCUGCGAGCCCCUGACGCCCGAUGAUAUCGCCGAAGUCGUUGUUUUCGCCGCUGGUCGGCGCGAAAACGUCGUGAUGGCGGAUACUUUGAUUUUCCCCAGUCACCAGGCAUCCCCGGGCCAAUUGCACAAGAAGAACUGA